CUUCUGCAGCCGGACAGGUUCCACUUGUGGCUCUCCCGUCCCCCUGCUCUCAGGUGACUCCCGGGCUGCAGAGACGCGCUCUGUGGCUUACGAGGAAACCCCGGAGGUUUCCCUCACAGCCCUGGCAUUAAAUUCUAGUCACGUUCAGAGAAGAGGGCAGGAAUUAGAUCACCACACAGGUCCCUGAGAAGAGCCCGAGUCCUCUCAGUUCGCCUCCACGCCGCCCACUUGGCUUCCUAUAUUAUCUUCUUACUGUUUUCACCGCUCUAAUCUGCUCUGACGUGAGGACAGCAUGACAGGAGGACUCAAGGACGGCGAAACAGAGGAGGAGUUUCUGCACUCGCCGUUCAUCCGAAAACAAGGGAACAUAUACAAACCUAACAACAAAGACAUGGACAACGAAAGUCUGAACGAGAAAACGAUGGAGGAUCUCCACACCAAAGAGAUUGACCUGGUGAACCGGGACCCCAAGCACAUAAACGACGACGUUGUCAAGGUGGACUUUGAGGAUGUCAUCGCCGAGCCUGCAGGGACCUACAGCUUUGACGGCGUGUGGAAAGCUAGCUUCACCACCUUCACCGUCACCAAGUACUGGUGCUAUCGCCUGCUGACGGCGCUGGUCGGCAUCCCCCUGGCUCUGAUCUGGGGUAUCUUCUUCGCCAUCCUGUCCUUCAUCCACAUCUGGGCCGUGGUGCCGUGCGUCAAGAGCUACCUGAUCGAGAUCCACUGCGUCAGCCGCGUCUACUCCAUCUGCGUGCACACCUUCUGCGACCCGCUGUUCGAGGCCAUGGGCAAGUGCUUCAGCAGCAUCAGAAUCCGCACCACCAAGGAGGUGUAGCAUCCACAAAGCAGAGGAGGAGAUGGGGGAGGAUUCACGGAAAAAAGAGGGGAGGGAGAAUGGGAGGGCUAGAGCCACACAGACGGAGGGAAAAGUCAGAACAGAAGAGAAGAAAAAUAUAAACUUCUGGAAAACAGAGAGGUGAGACUUUUCCAGAGCUGGGCGGGGCAUGUUUGGAAGUUAGUGGGCGUGGUCACAUGGCACCUGAUCCCGCCUUUUUUCUCCAGCUGUUUUUCUCUCCAGUGUUGGUGUAACCCAAUGGGUGGGCAGAGGAAAUUCUAAGGGUCAUUCUCCGGGGGUUUUUUUGUCAUUGUUUGUGUUCUUUUUUUUUUUUUAUGCAAAUUUUGUCCAUCAAGCUCCAUUUCUGUUAUUUUUUGCCACAUGAUGUAAAAUCCCUCCAUUCUUUCCAUUUCUGUGGAGAGCUUCUCUCUUGUAUUGAUACAUGUGAAGAGGGGAUGUCAGGCCGUAUCCCUGUCGUCCCUCACGCUUAUUUGUGUUUGUGUAUUUUGGAGCAGCUGGGCGGGGCAGGAUGGUGCGAUGCCGGGGUUUGGGGAAAGUCAAAGCAGAGAGAGAACGAGCGAGCGCUGCCAAAUUCUGUCUGACUCAGCACAAACAAAACAACCCCGCAAGCCCACCAGCACAGCAGCAGCAGCAGCCGCAGCCCUCCCUUUGCCCCCCAUGACCUCCAACCCAGCUAAACCAACCGGGCCAACCCUCUCCCCCUUUACCCGGCCUUUCCAGCAGUCUGACACACUGAACCUGCCCUCGUUCCUGCAUGCACCUGCGCUGCCACGCCAGCAACUCGCCGUCCGCCACCGCCACCGCCCGCCACACAGCCUCAAGACACAGAAACCUGUCUGCGUCUCAGCUCAGCUUCUUUCUUCACCAUUAUUAUAACACGAGUGUGUGACAGAGAAUGUUAGCAUUUGAAUUCUCCCUUUUUUUUUUUUCUGAUCAUCUUUAGUGAAGCUCACUGCCUUUAAUGCACAUCACCGUAGUGGCUUAGUGAAUGCUUUUUCAUUUUCUACACUUUAAAUAUGAAGAACUUUUAAGGGGUCAACUUUAAAACUGUUGCUUUGAAAUCCUUGAUGUACUGUAUGGGUGUUUAUGCAGAGAUUUCACAAGCUAUGACCGCAUUCCAGUGCACUAAUCUAUGGGAUAGUAUUGUUAGUGACAAUCACUAAUCCAGAUCUCCUUUUCUGUCCUCUGAGCAUGAGCAGUUCCUCUUCUACAAGCUUGUGUGGAGACUUUUCUUCAAGCUGUGGUACUUCCACAGGUUAAUGCAUUGGAAUUUAGAUAAUGUGAGGUUGAAUGCGUGACUUUAGAUGCAUUUUAAUUUGUGAUCUAGUCAUCAUUUUGCACCCUUCCCUUUCAUUUUGUACCUCUUUUUUAUUGCCCCUGACAAGUUUCUUUUGCAGCCCAGCUUACUGAUCAUGGACACGAUGCAAAUACGCAUCAAAGUGACGCCUCCUACACCUGAGAUGGGUGAAGGGAAGGCGUGGGAGGGGCUCCUAGCAUGGGGUGGGUGAGGGUUGGGGGGGGGGUAUUGUUUUAUUGAGACACUAAGCUUGCUUUGACUCCGUCACCUUCAGUCUACCUGCUGUCUUCUCACAGGAAUGGUCAUUUUACAGCACCUGCUUUUUUUGAAUUGAGUGUUUUGAAGCUCUAAAGGUGAUAUUUUUUAUAAGAAUUGUUUUUCUUUCCUUGCUUUUACUGUACAAUACCACGCUGUGCACAUUAAAAUUUAAUAUAAUCCAU